UCUCCUUGACGGGGCAGGUGCGAGACGAAGACGUCCGUUAUGACAUCCUUCGGCCUACCUUCUGCUUCAUCCGUCAUGUCCGUGGCCUGAAGAGACUUUAAAAUAUGUGGCCUGAGGAGAUUGUAGGGUCUGUGGCCUGAAGAGACUGUAGGGACCCCUUCCCUCCGCUAUUUCCCGCAUCGGGCAGCCGGGGCGCAUCCGACCCCACGACCGUCGUCGCCCCUACAUCAUCAACAACACAGAGGGUUCACAGCAGCACACUAGUGGCUUUCACCUCAGCAACACUGAACUAGCUUGUCUGAGACACUCACGAUAAUUACAAUAAAAGGAGAGGACUAUGUGACUAGAGGAGGUGGUGAAGGGGAGCUGGUGAGCCUGGCGUGUGCCCAGGAGGCCCCGGCAUGAUGGUGUCUCGCCUGGUCCUGCACCUUGCCCGCUCUCAGUCAUGGUGUACAGUGCUCACUGGUCAUGGCAGGCUCCACCACCUGGCUCUUGUGGUGCGGCCCGCCCACACUGGCCCACCUCCCUCCCACCGUGGGCCAGGCUCCCACAGUGGGCCAGGCUCCCACCGUGGGCCAGGCUCCCACCGUGGACCAGGGGCCCCUGGGGCCAGCCACCAGACCAGGCUCAUGCUGGACCAGGAGUACAAGGUUCAGAGGGACACCAUACUCUUCAAAUAUGAUAAUCCGAGAUUCUUCAAAUUGAUGAACUUUUUUGCAAUAUCUCAAUUUGUGUUCUGGCUCUACUUGAGUCACUUCGCAUUUACGACCAUGAAAGAUAUUAAGAUUCCUACAGAUAAAAAAGAAGAUAAAACUUUGCCAUGGUGGAAAAAAAUUAAUUUUGGCCAGUACAGAAAUGGUAUUACAAUUGGAAGCUUUACAAUAGGUUGGGGCACAAUGGCUAUCUGUUGGAUGUACACUCUUCGCUCUGUAAGGUACCUUGUACUCAAGAAGGGAGGCAAAGAGCUAGACUUCAUAACCUACACUCCAUUUGGCUCCCCCAGAACCAGGACUGUGCCACUGGAAAAGGUAUCGGCUAAACAAAGCCGACAGUCAGUGAAAGUGCACCUUCCACUUAAGGUUCAAGGAACUUACUUCAACUACAUCUUGGACAUGAAUGGGCACUUCACAAACUCUAAGUUGUUUGACUACUCAGCAGGUCUCAAGAGAAGUUGGGCAAAAUGAUUUUUUUAUUACUAUAGUAUUUUGUAAAUUGCUUUCCUUUAUGUUGAUAUGUUUUCCAUGUAAUAUAGGUUCAUAUUUUA